AUGUCUCUGUGUCUUAAUCGCCUGACAGAAGAAAGAAAGCAGUGGCGACGUGACCACCCUUUCGGAUUCUAUGCGAAGCCUCAUCGAACCCCUCAGGGUGUGUUGGAUUUGAAGCGCUGGGAAUGUGGUGUCCCUGGAAAGGCGCAGACCCUCUGGGACGGCGGGCUUUUUAAGCUUGAUGUCACUUUUCCAGACGAAUACCCGACCAAACCGCCAAAGUGCAAAUUCGUCCCUCCUCUGUUUCACCCGAAUGUCUACCCCUCAGGCACCGUCUGCCUCUCAAUUUUGAAUGAAGAAGAAGCCUGGAAACCUGCCAUCACCAUUAAACAGAUCCUGCUCGGCAUCCAGGACCUGCUCGAUGACCCCAAUCCGGAGUCGCCUGCACAGGCGGAAGCAUACAAUCUGUUCAAGAAGGAUCGUCCAGCAUACGAGAAACGAGUGAGACAAGUUGUGAAGGAGAACCCAACGCUUUGA